AUGGGGGACUUUAAUUAUCUAUUAGAAGUUGGAGACAAAGUGGGGGGUGUUGAGGUUAUUCCUUCUAAUUAUAAGGAAUUUUAUGACUGCACUCAAGAUGCUCAUAUUUUUGAUUUAAGAUAUACUGGUUGUUUCUUUACUUGGAAUAAUAAACAAGAGGGGGACUAUAAAAUUGCUUCAAAGAUAGAUAGAAUAAUGGUGAAUAUGGAAUGGGUUGAAGCUUUCUCUGAUUCUACUGCUGAGUUUCUACUCUCGGGUAUUUCAGAUCAUAGUCCAGAAGCUGUGAAGACCUAUGCUAAGCUAGCUAGGUAUGAAGAAUCCAUUAACAAGGAGAAAUCUAAGGUCCAAUGGAUGGAGGAUGGUGAUCUAAAUACAAGAUUCUUUUACAACUCUGUAAAGGAGACGAGGUCAAGGAAUAAUAUUCUUGUGCUAAAUUCUGGGGAAGAUAUCAAGUUGGAGGAUGAUAAGUUGAUUGGUGAAGAAUGUGUUAAUUUUUUCAGUGAUUUGUUUAGUGGAGAUUCUAGUCAGGGGGAUAUCCAGGAGGUGCUAAAUAAACUGCAUUUCAAUAGAUUUAUUCAUCCUUGUGAUGUUGAAAAAUUGGUGAUGCCUAUUUCUAGAGAUGAAGUGAUUGAAGAUCUGUCCUCCAUUCAUUUUUCUAAGGCCCGUGGGCCUGAUGGGUUCAAUAGUUAUUUCUUCAAAAGUGCUUGGCCUGUGGUGGGAGAUGAUUUUGUUGCUGCCAUUACAAAUUUUUUCAAGACUGGAAAGCUUCUUAAAGAGGUAAACAACACUCUCAUUACUCUUGUUGCUAAAUGUGAGAACGCUUCCACUGUUUUUGACUUCAGACCUAUCUCCUGCUGCAGUGUCAUCUACAAGUGUUUGACAAAAAUUUUGUCUUAUAGAAUGAAGAUUAUCUUAAAGGGUUUAAUUAGUUCUAGUCAGUCUGCUUUUAUAUCUGGGAGGUCCAUUCAAGAUAAUAUUCUUUUAGCUCAUGAAAUUGUUAGGAAUUACCAUAAAUCUGGUGGUAGUCCUAGGUGUGAUCUCAAAAUUGAUCUUCAAAAGGCCUAUGACGCCGUCAGUUGGGAAGCUAUUGUUGUUGUGAUGAGGAAGUUUGGGUUCCCAGAGAGAUUUAUUGAUUGGGUUAUGGUGUGCAUAUCUACUUCCAAGUUCUUUGUUAUGAUUAAUGGACCCCCCUAUGGAUUUUUUGGUGCUCAAAUAGGAGUGUGA